UCUCGCUUCGUUCAGAGUGGUUUUUCUCCUUGCACCAAGCGGUUGUUAUUCUCGCCCAGCAGCAAGCAGCAGGAAGUGUCUCCAUCCAGAGUUCCUUUUUUUGCAGUGCAGCAGAGUUCCAUACUGCUUGUAAAGAAGCCUGUUUCCCGUUUGUCUCGGAAUUAGCGCCGAGUGUCCUUUUUUGGCGAACUAGAAGAUUGAUCUUUGAUCCCUCCCCGGAAAGUGUUCCAGGGGUGCGCCUCGCGAGUUAGAAGUUCCGUUUUUCAGUUUUCUACCUCCGCCGCGCCGCGUUCGGUUUUUUCGGCGUUUCCACCCGAGAGAGCGAGAGAAAGGGAAAAGAAGAGCGGAGAAAUCCGUGUGAGAGAGAGAGAGAAAGUUGGCAAUUUUGCGCUGAACGCGGAGAAAAGAAGAAACCCAAUAUUCGCUGGUUGCGAAGUGCAGAAGAAAGAGUAUAGUUUCGAACGGGCAGCAUAAAGGAAAAGCCGGAAGCCUUGUCCCGAAAAUCGUGUCCGACCUGAUUUUGGUGUGGAUUAGUCGGCCGUUUUUUCUUUCAUUUCUCCCCCUUUGCACGGUGAAAAGUGAAUCGGAAUUGACGACCGGAGAUUUCCGAAACAGAUUCUUCAUCCAAUAUGUCGGAACGCGAGAACAACAUCUACAAGGCCAAGCUGGCCGAACAGGCCGAGCGAUACGACGAAAUGGUGGAAGCAAUGAAGAAGGUUGCUUCCAUGGACGUGGAACUCACAGUCGAAGAGAGGAAUCUCCUCUCGGUCGCCUACAAGAAUGUCAUCGGAGCACGACGUGCCUCCUGGCGGAUAAUUUCCUCCAUCGAACAGAAGGAAGAAAACAAGGGCAUCGAAGAGAAGCUGGAGAUGAUCAAAAACUAUCGCUCACAAGUCGAGAAGGAACUGCGAGACAUCUGCUCCGACAUCCUCCAGGUACUCGACAAACAUCUGAUCCCGUGCGCGACGACCGGCGAGAGCAAGGUGUUCUACUACAAAAUGAAGGGAGAUUACCACCGCUACCUGGCCGAGUUCGCCACCGGUGACGAUCGUAAGGAUGCCGCCGAACACUCGCUCGUUGCCUACAAGGCCGCCAGUGACAUCGCAAUGACUGACCUUCCACCAACGCACCCAAUCCGGCUGGGACUGGCUCUCAACUUCUCAGUAUUCUACUACGAAAUCCUGAACUCGCCGGACCGUGCCUGCCGCCUAGCGAAAGCCGCAUUCGACGACGCAAUCGCCGAGCUGGACACCCUCAGCGAGGAAAGCUACAAAGAUUCUACGUUAAUCAUGCAGCUGCUGCGGGAUAACCUUACAUUAUGGACAUCCGACAUGCAGGGUGACGGUGACGGCGGCGAACAGCGAGAACAAGUGGUUCAGGACGUCGAAGAUCAGGACGUGUCGUAAUUUGUUACACGACUCGUUUUAUGUGUGAAUUUAUUUUAUUAAUUAAAGAAAAUAAGAUUAAGCAUUAUUAAAUAAGCUAUACAUAAGAAAACAACAAAGAAAAGGAAGAAAAAUACUACAGCAUACACAUAAACAACACUCCAAACAAAACAAAAAGAACAGACAAAAAACCGCAAGUCACACACAACACCCCCAAACAGAACCGAUGAGAGCAACAAGAACGCAAAGAGCAAGAGAGAGUGAAACAAAAGCAGAAACAAAAUGUCGAAUUCUUACUUGUAAAAGUGAGAAAGUAUCUCAAUGGAAACAGGAAAAAAAUAACAAUUCGGAAUCGAGGAAACCGGACUUCUCGCGUCACGUCGUGUCACUCAUCUUCCUCUUUGGCAAUAUCUGGAUCUGGGAGUUGGAAGGAUAGAGGUCAACAAGACAUAGCAAUUGGAACACACACAAAAACUACAAGGUACGCAUUUGUGCACUCCCAAACCACUACACAAAACACCGCAGACACAAAUACUUACUACUACUACAUCAAAAGAAACAAAAGCAGCGUAUUAGAGCAUAUUGAUUACUACAACUACUACUAGUAAAAAAGCUACAAAAAUCAGCUGAGUGGUGUAUAAAGAGAAACAGAAAAUCAUCAUCCAUUAAAUGUGUAUUGUUUUUGUCAAUAUAUAUUAAUAAAAAAUAAAAAGGAGUAAUCCGCAAAAAAUAAUAAAAAUGGAAUCUAAAUUCAAAGAAGGUAACACAAAAAAGCGGCAAAGAACAGUAGGAGAAGCAAGUAUAGUAGGAAGCUACUAUCCGCUAGUGUCAUUUUCCGUAUUUAACUUGAAUUCGUCCUGCGAUGUUCCGACUGGACGAAAGCCGGGGUUCCCUUCGAACUACUAUCCCCUUGUGUGCGUGGAAGGAGAGUAGCUCAUUUUGAAAACAUUCCUAUUGUGAGAGAACUUUUUUCGGGAAAGGAAAAUCUUGGCGUGUUACCCACCAGAGUCCUGGCAGCGUUUUGUGAGAGUUUUGUGUAAGUAUUAUCAGUAUUCGGAUUUCAAAUCCCAAGAGUAUUCUGUUCACGCUAGAGAGAGGGCCCGAUUCGGUUGGGUUGAUUAUCGCCUUUUCUCGAUUGUUUGUGUUGAUGUGAAAUCCCGCAGUUCGGAAUCGCGCUCGGUCUUUCCGAAAGUCGGAACACAUGUCGAUCAUAUUUGUGUUUUCAUCCGUUGUUCGAUAUCCUUCGCCCCCUCGCAUGGUGAGAAAACCAAUCCUUAGCAUUAGCGAUAUUUAUAGGUGUGUAAAACAUACUCCAUUUCGGAAUGAAUGCAUCACCGCACUCGACUCGAGAUUUGUAACUAAUCAUCUCGCAAUGUUUCGUUAAUCGGUUUCCAUUGUGUUUCCCGCCGUUUCGUUAAACUUUCCGUAGCCGAAAGACGGCAAACCAAACGAUACAUAAAGCAGGGAAAUGAGUGUGAUGGAUAUUGACCCUUAUCCCGAGUGUUGCAGAACCGCCUCUACAGGCUUCGUUAGGAAACGCGGUAAAAAGGAGCACAAACCUACAUAAGAACUUUGAACAAUUGGAAAACGGAGCACGUUAGGUUGGGUCUGUUGCGCUUCGAUUGGGGAAAAGUCCUUCGAGAACAUCUAAGCUAAGGGAAAAGUGCGAACUAGUUUUCUAAAAUCCAACAAAAGCGAAUUUUCGAGGAAAAUACGAAAUCGUCAUUGAAUAGUCUAGUAAAUUGCCGAAUAUAAACAAAAUCAUUGCAUUUAUUAUCACACUCUCACAUCAGCAGAAUAAGAAUCAUUACUAACCAUCUGACUCUCGUUGUAACGAAUUGAAACUAGAUGAAUGACAUUCAUGACGAACCACACACCUACUGAUGACGAAACAACAGUAGUAAGCGAACGAUUACGUCUCUAAACAACAUGUGCAAGCUAUGUUUUAUUCAGCUGGAAAAUUUGUAAUGAACAAAAAACGUUUCUAGUAGUAGCUAUUGGAUGCAGCUUUUUAAUUGCUACUAAACCUGUAUUUACGUGUGUUUUUCUCAUAGCCUAAACUAUACUUGAUGUUCCCAAAACCAUCUUCAUCCUCUCUCACACACAUAUUCACACUAACAGUUCGUUUCCCAGGGUUAGCAAAACUGUUCCCCGCAUUUUGGUUGUCCGUUCCCAUUUCCAUUUUCAUUGACAAGAAAACCAAACGCUAGAGCGAACAUCCGACGUAUCAAUUUCCGAAUUAAAUUUAAGGCGGUAAAAAUAACAAAAUAAUAAUUAUUAAAGAGAACAAGAAAAAAACCUAUUGAUUAUUAUGAGUAGAGGUAUAAAUUUAAAGAUAAAUUAAUUGAAUAAAGAGACCCAUGCAAAACUACUUAAACUUAACGCAAAGCAACCGAAUCCUACAAGUACAGAACAAAAAAUACGCUAGUAAGUGAAUUACUUAAACAUCCACACGAAAAAAAAACGUUACAAGAAUCAGAAGCGAAUAAGCACUUCCAAAAAAGAAACUUACGUUUAGUAGAAUCUCGACAUUUUCCAACAUUCUUCUCGUUUGUUUUCUAUUGAUCCGGAAUUUUGUUGAUUGUGCCAUCGUCGCAAUUCGAUCGGUUUCAGAGCAUUUAAAAACAAUCGAAAACAAAGCACACACUUUUGUUUCCUCUUCAGUGUUCGGAACAGUUUUUUUUUCUCUUAUUUCUUGAUCGUUUCACCGGAUAAGAAAAGAAAAAGAGUCGCUCGCAAUUCACCACGAACAGCAGAAAAAUCAAAUGUCUCAUGGAAAAUAAACUAACACACCCACACAGACACAAAAAAAGGAAGACUCACACACACCGAAAGCAAACAUCAACAAACGAAAGUAUUUUGCGCGCGCGAAAACAAAAUGGUUUUAUUUUUUCGUUUUAAGUUUUACUAUUUGAUGAGAGAUGUAGAAACAAAAGGAAAUUUAAAAAUUCAAUGUACAUGGAAACAAUGCUAUAUUCGGAAGAAAAUGAAAACAAUUCACACAACAUCAACAACACACAAAAAAACAUUAUUGAAAUGUAGUUCGAUUGAGAACAUUGCAAUCGACGUCAGCUAAUAAAAAAGAAUAGAAAAAAAAAAACAAGAGAUUACUCACACAUUAUGGGAAAGAAACAACAUUCUCAUUCACCGUCAAAAAAUGAAAUAAUAAAUGGGCGUAAUAAGUUAAUUGAAAACAAUGGACGGCAGGCAAAAGCAGCAAAACAACUAUAUACAAGACGAAAAGCAAGUAAAAACAAGAGAACAUUGAGCAUGAUGAAACCACAAUAGUGAAUUAA